AUGAUAACUGAAACACAAAAGACAAAGAAAGUCUGCAAACUUCUCAAGUCUCUCUAUGGACUCAAGCAAGCACCUAGGCAGUGGUUUGCCAAACUUAGCUCUGCACUAAAAACACAUGGUUUUACUCAAUCCAAGUCUGACUACUACUUGUUCACCAAAGAAGCUGAAUCAGACUUGACAAUUAUUCUUGUGUAUGUGGAUGAUCUAAUUGUUGCAGGAACCAAUCUCACUGAAAUCAAUGCAGCAAAAGCAUUUCUCUCAAGUCAGUUUCAUAUGAAAGACAUGGGAGAGCUGAGAUGUUUUCUGGGAAUAGAAGUUGACAGAACAGAAGAUGGAAUCUUUCUGUCACAAAAGAAGUACACACUUGAUCUUUUGGAAGAAUAUGGGUUGUCUCACUAUAAAGCUAACCAUCAAAAACUUGCUGCUGAUGUUGGUGAAUCUCUUCCUCACCCUGAAGUGUAUCAACAAUUGGUUGGGAAGCUCAUCUAUCUUACAAUUACCAGGCCUGAUAUUGCUUACGCUGUGCAUGUUCUAAGAAAAUUCAUGCAUGCUCCAACAUCUAUUCACCUUCAAGCUGCCAAAAGGGUUCUUAGAUAUCUAUCAGGUGCACCUGGUCAAGGGCUCUUGCUUGCUAGCAAGUCCAGUGCUCAUCUAACAGCAUUCUGUGAUAGUGACUGGGCAAGAUGUCAGACUACAAGAAGGUCCACUUCAGGUUUCUGCAUUCUAUUGGGUGAAUCUCCUAUACCCUGGAAAUCAAAAAGACGGAGUGUUGUGUCUAGAAGCAGUGCUGAAGCUGAGUAUAGGGCCAUGGCUCUAACUGUGUGUGAAGUAAUGUGGCUACAACAACUUUUACAAGAUCUUGGCAUUAAGAACAUGGGACAUUGUCAAAUAUAG